AUGGCGCCUCUUGACUCCCAUCUGCAGGACUUCGAGACCAACAGGGCAGAUAACGACUACCACCCGACCACAACCCACCGUCCCUCCUACCCAAAACAAUUUACACUUUAUUCUCGCCCACUGAUUGAUUCCGCCAGAAACGAAUGGCAAUUAAGAGCCGCCGCAGAUUCCCAGCGCGCCUCCAGCUCCUCCGCGGAUGACAUCAAAUCCCCGGGAUGGUCCCAAAUGGCUCUCUCGGUAGUUUCCGCGCCGCGGUUCCGACAUGUGCUGAUAUAUGUCGCGUUGUUUCUAUUUGCAUUUAUCGGUUGGCGAAUGCUGGUUUCUCCACGACUACAAGAGCAAAAAUCCCUGUUGCAUUCACUUGAUCCGACAUCUGAGACAGAGACAGGUGGGUGGUUCGGGACAAACUCAAACCCUCAGUUCGACGGCUUGAUUCAGAUCCGUACCUUGGACCCAAACCUGGUGCCUGGGAACAUAGCGGGAGUGGUCUCAGGGAAAUCUAGUCGGAAACGGCUAAUCAUUGUGGGCGACGUGCAUGGCUGUAAAGAUGAGUUGGUGCAACUUCUUGAAAAGGUUUCUUUCAACCAAGCAGGUGGUGAUCACCUUAUUUUUGUCGGUGACAUGAUCAACAAAGGACCAAACAGUCCAGGAGUCGUGGACUUAGCUCGACAGCAUUCGGCAUCUGGUGUCCGUGGAAACCACGAGGACCGGGUUUUGCUUCUUCGCCACGAGAUGGUGAAUACUGAAACGCUCGCAACCCCCGAUGACGAUGAAGAUGCUCGUUUCUCAUCCAAAGAACUUGGCGAGCGUGCAGUCGCGCGGUCUUUGAGCGACGAGCAAGCUCAGUGGCUGGAGAACUGCUCAGUUAUUCUGAAUGUCGGCCAAGUUCCAGGUAUGGGCCAGGUGGUUGUUGUUCAUGCGGGUCUAGUACCGGGCAUCGAACUUGAGAAGCAAGACCCUUCUAGCGUGAUGACUAUGCGGACCAUUGAUCUAGAUACGCAUGUACCCAGUCCGAAAAAGAACGGCAUGAAUUGGGCUAAAAUGUUUGAUAAGCAUCAAUCAAAAUUAUACUCGAGCCUCGAGUCUUCUACUGAAGAUCCCCUUGCAGGCACCAUGACUGUUGUCUAUGGCCACGAUGCUUCUAGGUCUCUUUCCAUCCGCACAUUCACAAAGGGUCUUGACUCGGGUUGUGUGAAGGGGGGGAAGCUCACGGCUUUGGUUAUAGAGGAUGGCGGAAAGCAAAGUAUUGUACAGGUGUCGUGUCGUGGUUAUAUCGAGGAAUAA